UAAGGCAGCUCCUUCCACGGUCCCCACACUGACUUUUGCCUGGAGAGGAGCGGCGCGCACGGGCGGCCUCGCUCUUUGUGGAUGCAGCCCUUGGCCGGACCCGAGGAACCGGGGCGGCCAUGCCUCCCCCGACCCCCACUGCCCCACGCUAACCUGCACCGUGUGGGUGCCCUCAGGACCCCAGAGGACUGACUGUCUGACCUUGCUUCACACCUUCAACAGCAACUCCCCCAAGAUGUCGCUCGAGUGGCUGGUGGCCUGGAGCUGGUCGCUGGACGGCCUGCGGGACUGCAUUGCCACAGGCAUCCAGUCCGUGAGGGACUGUGACACCACCGCCGUGGUCACUGUGGCCGGCCUGCUGGUCCUGUUCGUGUGGUACUGUUACCACGUGGGCCGGGAGCAGCCCCGGCCCUACGUCUCGGUCAACUCCCUCAUGCAGGGCGUGGACGCCGACGGGCUGCAGAACGGGUACGUGUACUGCCAGUCCCCCGAGUGCGUGCGCUGCACCCACAACGAGGGCCUCAACCAGAAGCUCUACCACAACCUGCAGGAGUACGCCAAGCGCUACUCCUGGUCCGGCAUGGGCCGCAUCCACAAGGGCAUCCGCGAGCAGGGCCGCUACCUCAACAGCCGGCCCUCCAUCCAGAAGCCCGAGGUCUUCUUCCUGCCCGACCUGCCCACCGCGCCCUACUUCGCCCGGGACGCGCAGAAGCAUGAUGUGGAGCUGCUGGAGCGGAACUUCCAGACCGUCCUGUGCGAGUUCGAGGCCCUGUACAAAGCCUUCUCAAACUGCAGCCUGCCGCAGGGCUGGAAAGUGAACAGCACGCCCAGCGGGGAGUGGGUCACCUUUUACCUGGUCAAUCAGGGGGUGUGCGUCCCCAGGAACUGCAGGAAGUGCCCACGGACGUACCGCUUGCUCGGGAGCCUGCGGACCUGUAUCGGGAACAAUGUGUUUGGGAACGCGUGCAUCUCCGUGCUGAGCCCCGGGACCGUGAUAACGGAGCACUACGGGCCCACCAACAUCCGCAUCCGAUGCCACUUAGGUCUGAAAACUCCAAGUGGCUGUGAGCUCGUCGUGGGGGGCGAGCCCCAGUGCUGGGCGGAAGGCCGCUGUCUUCUCUUCGACGACUCUUUCCUCCACACGGCGUUCCACGGAGGUUCGGCAGAGGAUGGCCCACGGGUGGUUUUCAUGGUGGAUCUGUGGCAUCCAAACGUUGCUGCGGCCGAACGGCAGGCCCUAGACUUCAUCUUUGCUCCAGGCCGGUGAGUCCAGCUCCUGUGCUGGGCGGCCCCGGGCGCACCUGCACAGAUGGUGGAGCAGCCCAGCGCCUGCCGCGUCACAGUGCCACGCUCCGAACCUGCCUCAACAGAAAGCUCUUACUUGGGAUUUUUCCACCACGUUGGGUCCCUCUUUCCUUUUGUUAUCGUUAGUGGGAGAUUUCCAGCCUGUAUUUUCUUCGAUUUUUUUUUCUUCUGUUCAUUUGCUUCUGCGAUUCCUUUCUGCCUACUGGCACAUUACUUUGCUCUGUGGCCGGAGGCUUGGCACCCCUGUUGUCUGUGUCCCGUGGCUACGUGAUGUAUCAUUCUUCUGAAAUAGAGUAAUCAAGCAGUUACUUGUCUGAAUGUAACAACGUACAACUUCAUGUGGUCACCUAAAAAAGGAAAAACGAACACAACACACUGCACACCGAGCACUGGAGAACUUGGCCUCUGCCACCGUCAUGCCACGGGGACCUUCAGCCCCCCCCCCCAAGGGGCUUCUGCAGUCCCUGCACGUGGCCAUCUUCGUGAGCAGGGUGGACCCGGUUAGGGGCGGUACCCAGGCUCACAGCCUGGGGAAACGUCACCCUCCACUCGCGCCACCCCAAACCCUGUCGGGUCUCCGAUGGCAGAGAGCUGUCGGCAGCUGGGACUGGAGGCUUUUUGCAACGCCGCUCUCCUUCAGAGCUGAGGCUGGUGUCCUCGAGAGUCUGGCCGGGGCGCCCAUGGGUCAGCUGCAGGACUCGUACUUCACUUACCUCACUGCCUACAGAAGCCCUACUGCCACUUGGGGCCGGGAGCACUCCCUGUGUUCACCAUCUUGAUGAUGAACUUGGACACCACCACCAGGUUGGCCCACUGGAGCUGUGGUGGGGUAGAACCUCACUCGCCACCCAGUGACAUUCUGGAAAGCCUUUCUCUGGCAAAACUGGAAACGUAGAUGUGAACAAAGUGUCUGUUUUGUUUUGGAGUUUCAUUGCCUAUGAUUUUCCAUUUAUUUGUCUGUACAUAAACGUCCAAAUGCUGGACUCAGAGA